CAGCAUGGCUUGUGACUAAACACUAUCGCUCCGAAGUUCGCGGUUACAGAGUUCUUCCUAUUUUCUCGGGAACUCUGAAAAACUGGCAUGGUUUAGGUUCAUUAGAAGAAACAUUCUACAUUUAAAGUGCAUUGGUUGUGCACCUAAAAGAUUUGCGCCUUUAUUUUAUCAUUUUUCACAGCGUUUUGUUUUGCCUCACAACUUUUGCUUAUCAACAAGAAUAAUAAAAGAUAAAGUUAUCAUGACAAAUCUAGAAGAAGAAGUAAAGAAGCAACGAGCUCUUGUAAAGGAACAGGGUGAUUUGGUGAAGAAGUUAAAAAAUGAAAAAGCUUUAACAACAGACAUUGAUUUGGCUGUUAAAGAACUGAAAGCGAGAAAGCGUGUACUAGAACAGAAGGAACUCCUGCUUGAUCCACCUGACAAUUUCGAUCGUGGAAAAUGUGAAGAUUUAUUAAAAAGACGUUUUUUUUAUACUCCAGCAUUUGAGAUAUAUGGAGGAGUUGCUGGAUUGUAUGAUUUUGGACCAAUGGGAUGUGCAAUGGAGAACAACUUGAUAGGUAUCUGGCGGUCACAUUUUGUACUUGAAGAGCAAAUGUUAGAGGUGCGAUGCACUCAACUGACCCCACAUCAAGUUUUAAAAGCUUCUGGACACGUUGAUAGGUUUACUGAUGUUAUGGUGAGAGAUGUCAGAACUGGUGAUUGUUAUAGAGCAGACCAUCUACUAGAAGGACAUCUUGAGAAACUAAUGACUGGUAAAAAAACUAGCCAGGAGAAGAAGGAGGAGUAUAAGAAAGUAAUGAGUCAGAUUGACAAUUACAAAAAAGAUGAACUGUGGCAACUCAUUCAGAAAUACGAGUGCAAAGCGCCUGGCACCAACAACGAUUUAUGUGACCCACAAGAUUUCAAUCUAAUGUUUGCCACUUCUAUUGGACCCAGCGGAUUAAUCCCUGGUUUUUUAAGGCCUGAAACUGCACAGGGCAUAUUUUUAAAUUUUAAACGGUUAUUAGAUUACAAUAAUGGUAGACUACCAUUUGGUGGAGCUCAAAUUGGGUGUGGCUUUCGUAAUGAAAUUGCUCCUCGUGCUGGCUUGUUGCGAGUCAGAGAAUUUCUUAUGGCAGAAAUAGAAUACUUUGUCGAUCCUGACAAGAAGGUGAUUAACAAGUUCGCAGCUGUAGCAGCAACUAAAUGCAAGCUGCUAUCAAGAGAAAGACAAAUGUCUGGUGAACCGGCUGUUGAUUGUACUUUACAAGAAGCGCUAGAUCAGGGUACCAUUGACAACACUGCCGUGGGUUAUUUCUUGGGACGCAUUCACACGUUCAUGCUAAAAAUUGGUGUCGAUCCAGCUAAAAUGAGAUUUCGCCAGCAUAUGGCAAACGAAAUGGCACAUUAUGCUUGUGAUUGUUGGGACUGUGAACUAAAAACGUCAUACGGAUGGAUCGAAUGUGUUGGUUUGGCUGAUCGUGCUUGCUUUGAUCUCCAGCAGCACACUGAUGCGAGUGGUGAAAAGUUGGUUGCCAUGGUUGAUCUACCAGAGCCAGUAUCAACUGACGUUGUGGAAGUAGUGCUAGAAAAGUCAGCAGUUGGCAAGGCCUUGAAAGGAGCAGCCAAGUCUGUUACUGAGUAUGUUUCAAAGAUGAAUACUGAGGAAAUCCAAAAAUUGGAAGAAUCUUUGAAAGAAAAAGGAUCUUACUCAAUACAAGUCAAUGGCAGCGAUCACGAACUGUUAAAAGGAAUGGUAAAAGAAAUCCGAAGAUAUAAGAAAGAUGUGCACGUGCGAGAAGUUGCUCCACAUGUAAUCGAGCCUUCGUUUGGCAUCGGAAGAAUCAUGUAUGCUGUGCUCGAACAUAACUUUCGCGUGAGAGAAAAUGAUGAGCAGAGGACGUGGCUUUCACUUCCAUCACUACUGGCACCAGUCAAGUGUUCUGUGCUGCCACUCAGUAAGAAUGAAGCGUUUGAACCAUUCAUCAAACAGAUUUCUACAGCCUUAACCGAGUUGGAUAUUUCCCAUAAAGUCGAUGAUUCCAGCGGCUCUAUCGGUCGGCGUUACGCUCGCACUGACGAGAUCGCUAUACCGUACGGUGUCACCAUUGAUUUUGAUACUGUCAACAAAAAUCCACACACAGUGACGCUCCGUGAGCGCAACACAACGAGACAAAUAAGAACUGCGAUCGAUAGCAUUCCAGAGCUUGUUCGAGAUUUAGUUAAAGGUAAAACAAGUUGGGACGAUGUAGAGAAGACGUAUGGUUUGUUCGAAGGUCAAGAAACAGCGUCCAAAUAAACGGAUUGUUUUUGUAAACCAUGUCCAUAGUAAAACGAAUAGAAUUAUUUAUAUGAAA